AUGAGAGACCCUGGUUUUCUCAAGGCAAUGCGCGAAUGGGGCAUUCCAGAUGUGGAGAAAUACAUUCGGAAAUAUCCCAUUCCUUCCAAGUUCUUUGACGAGGGAAUCAAAAUGAAUCAAGUGGACGAGAGUGACUUCAAUGUGCUGAACCAUGGCGACUCCUGGUCAAAUAAUAUAAUGUUCAAUUACAAAGAUAACGGGGAGAUUGAUCGCACCAUUUUUGUGGACCUUCAAAUGUGCAAGUGGGGUUCCCCGGCGCAGGAUCUUCUGUACAUGAUCAUCACAUCGGCCUCGCUGGACAUUAAGACUAAGGAAUUCGAUCACUUUAUACAGAUCUAUCACGAACGAUUAGUGGAGUGCCUUAAGCUUCUCAACUACGCAAAACGAAUUCCUACUCUAAGGGAUAAACUGAAUUUUACCGAGGCCAUGCAGCAACUGCUUCCCUUCUUGGAUAGAAAGGGUUUCCUGGACUUUGAGUAG